CAAAUCCGUUUUACAAACCUACUUCCCUCCGACGGAAUUGUCAUUUCAAAAUCAAAUGUUAUAAAAACUGCUAAUUUGUCAAUUUACUAUCACAGCCUGCUGACUAUCUGAAUCAUACACAUAAGACCAAUAUCUACUUUUGAUCCAAUAUGAAGGCAGCAUUUAUUCUGGCUAUUGCUCUUGUAGCAAUUCUUGCAGUCCAUGAGGCAGAGGCAAGUUGUGCUUCCAGAUGUAAAGGCCAUUGUAGAGCAAAACGCUGUGGAUAUUAUGUAUCAGUCUUAUACAGAGGGCGUUGCUACUGCAAAUGUCUUCGUUGUUCCAGUGAGCAUGCCAUGACAUUCCCUGAAAAUGAAGGAUCAUCUCCAUCUGACAUGAUGCCACAGUUGAAUGAAAAUGAGAACACUGAAUUCGGCCAGGACAUGCCCACAGGAGAAACCGAGCAAGGUGAAACUGGCAUAUAAAGGGAAGAUCCAAUGAUUAUCAGAAGUGAUAAUGACCUGUUCUGUUUGACAUUUUAUGAUUCUUCUAUGUAUUUCUAAUUGUUUAGGAGGUGUUUUUGAUUUCUAAAAUUGUAGCUCUUAUCUAAAUAAAAACUUAAAUAAAAA